AUGCCGUUGCGGUGGCGACUGGGAGUGCAGGGGCCGGCAGCUUCCCCUGAAGGAAAUGAUCGUCUUACUGAUCAAGAAGAUAUCGAUGAUAAUGCUCUGAGUCCUAUCUGGCAAUGCCAUGACGUAGUGUGUCGUGUGCCUGCAGCGGCGGAGCCGGCGUGCGCGUGGUGCGGGAAGCCCUGCCGCGCGUCGCAGCUCUUCUCCCUGCGCACGCCCACAGGCCAGAAGGCCUUUUGCUCGGAGGUGUGCUUCACGCAGUGCCGGCGCGCCAACUUCAAGCGCAACAAGACGUGCGACUGGUGCCGACACGUGCGCCACACGGUCAACUACGUCGACUUCCAGGACGGCGAGCACCAGCUGCAGUUCUGCAGCGACAAAUGCCUGAAUCAGUACAAAAUGAAUAUCUUCUGCAAGGAGACGCAGGCGCACCUUCAACUGCACCCGCACCUGCAGGACGGCACCGGCGCCGGCGGCAGCGGCGGCCUCAUCACGCCCGAUCUCUGGCUGCGCGACUGCCGCUCGUCGUCGCCCGCCUCCGACCGCUCGGCGUCGCCCGGGCCGCCCUCGGGGCCGCUACCGCCCAGAGCAGAGAUGCGAUGGGAAUCGGAAUGGGCACGGCAGGAUGAUGGGGGUAGGGCACAUGACGGGUGA